AAAAAUUACUUUUAUGAGGUGAAUUGCAUGUACUUUAGUCUCUCAUGAACUAACACGACUAUCAAUCUCGGCGUUUCUCCCCUCCCACAAUGCCCAAACUCCUCAGCAUCCCAUUCGUAUCACCAGCAUCUCCCAGGACAUCGGCGGCGAGGUUCAUCCGGCGCUAUUCAUCUUCCACAAUCCCCGCAGCUCCGUCUCCUUUGCAAAGGACGCAGAGCCAAGUCCAAAGCCCCGCGUCUCCAUCGCUGCCCGGACGAUCUUUGGCCCGGUUGCGGUCUGAGCGCGAAACAAGCUCGCAGCUAUUAUGGUUCACUGCAGCACAGCCCACGUUAAUAUCCCGCAGCGAUGCGCGAUCUUUGGAUGGGAAAUCGGAGCGUGUUAAAAAUCAUAAACCGGUUGAUGAGCGGAUAGUCAAGCUAGGGAAGACCCUCCGGAUCCUUACUGAACAGCUACCUACCCUUCUUGUCAAUCCACUCCCUCAGGAGAUACUUUCUCCGAAUAUCACCCUCCACCUCUUCCCUUCCACGCACCCACAUCUGCCGACCGUAAAGGGGAGAGUGGCGUAUCGUGCCGCCCUAUGGACAGCUCCGGUGGCAUGGGGAAGCGUCCCGAUAGUUGGAAAUGUCCGAUUACAGAUUAUGAGCGAGCGCAUGGUGCGCGGAGGUGCCAUGAGCGACUUCAACGGUGAAAACAACAGUGGCGACGAAAAACUUGUUGUGCGCUGGAUGACGGAGGGUGGUGCUUCGAAUUCCUCCUCGAACUCUGGAAAUAAAGCUGGCUCUGGUAAUUCUGCGUCCGACGGAUCAAAGGGGGAAGUCAAAGGCACAGGUAAUAGCGCAACAUCGGCUUCUUCUGCAUCGAAUGGGACAAAUAGAGGCUUAAGCGUACUACUCGGUGGCGAGGCGCCGAUAUUCAAGCUUGGAAAGGAGGAGCAGUUUACGGGAUUGUUUAUAUUUUCGUUCGAUGAAGAAGGCCGGAUAGCGACGCAUACGAUUGAGCAUGCGGACGAGAAUUCGGGAUGGGAUCGAACUGCCAAGGUGGUAACGCUGACGGAUUGGUUGCUUGGAAAAGCGAAAUGGGGUUCAAGAGAGCCGUCGAAUGCUGCGCCAGUGCUCGCGGUGGAGACGCCCAUGGGUAUGUGUGAUAAAUUGCGGUUUAGAGAUGGCCCCCAAGAAUUCUUAAAAGAUCGAGCCCCAAGCGAGUGCGCAACAUGCUACGACAAAAGGUGCUGGUCUACAUGACAUUUCUCAGGGUGAGUAUGAUUAUCGUUUGUGGUUAUAAAAAUUGUUAGGCUUGGUGUUCGUGGUGUCUUUGGAGAAGUGUUACGAUUCAUUUGACGUGACCCUGAUUUCCUGGAAUUUCUGAGCAGCUUGAUGUUUCUGAUACCGUGUUGAUUCUCAACUAUAUGGAGUUGCCUUUGCUCAUUGUCUGGUUGAUACUGUGUCUUUUCUAUUGACAGUAUCAUAAUCCCACGGGGGGGGAAGAAGAUGUAUUUGUUGCUUUGUACAUUAUAAUCUUCCGUUGGAUGAGCACAGCGAGAGAUCUGGGCGCUGGCAGAGUUCAUUUUUUCUUGCUCUUGGGUGACCGGUGCCUUGCAGAUUAUGCACCGAAGAAAAUCUCCGCUACAUGUAUAUCUUA